UACUCUCGGUUGCUUCGUUCUCGCGCGCCGUCCUGCCUCAGUUUCCGCUAAACCGCGUCGGGUUAACACCCUGUCUCUUCUCGAUUAAACCUCGCCUCCGACACUUCUCCGCCGAUCUUUGUGUAUAUAUAAAGCCAUAAGCCGCUGCACCUCUCAUCGUCCCCACUGUUUAGUGCAGCAUUUAUACGAUGGAUGCUUCCCAUCUUCACUAUCUUGCGUUUCUACUUCUUCCUUGCCUUCUUCUGGUUCUUGUCUCCAACCAAUGGCUGGCCAAGAAGUCCAAGUCGGCCAAGAGAAGAAACAAAGCCCCCCAACCGGGCGGCGCGUGGCCAGUCCUUGGCCACCUCCACCUGCUUGGCUCCCACAACAACAUCGGCCGGUCGCUGAAAGCGGUGGCUGAUGCCGUCGGGCCUGUCUUUGCACUCAGGCUCGGCGCGCACCCAGCCCUGGUUGUCAGCACUUGGGAGGCCGCCAAGGAGUGCUUCACCGCCAAUGACAAGGCCCUCGCCGGCCGCCCCCCGAGCACUGCCAGCAAGCUCAUGUGCUACAACAACGCCAUGGUGGGCUUCUCCCCCUACGGGUCCUAUUGGCGCCAACUCCGCAGGAUCUUGACCCUGGAGCUCCUCUCCCACGCCCGGCUCGCCUCCCUUGCUCACGUCCGGGCCUCGGAGGUCGGUGCAUUCGCUAAGUCCCUCUUCGGGGUAUGUCGUAAGGUCGAGGGGGGGGCGGCGAGGGUGGAGAUGAACAAAUGGUUUCAGGAGCUGACGUUCAACGUGGUAGUAAGGAUGGUGGCGGGGAAGAGGUGCUUCGGGUGUGGCGCCGUUGAUGACGGCGGCAGCAGGGAGGCUCGGAGGUUCACCGGAGCGAUGCACCGGAUGAUGGAGCUCUUGGGAGCCUUUGUGGUCUCCGACGUGGUGCCGUUCCUCAGGUGGAUGGACCUGGGCGGCUACGAGAGGGCGAUGAAGCGCACCGCGGCGGAGAUGGACGGUAUCAUUGGAGGGUGGUUGAGGGAGCACCGGCAGAGGAGGUCAGAAGGGCGGGGUGAGGGAAAGGAAGACUUCAUGGAUGUGAUGCUGUCGGCAAUUGAGAAGGAAGGGGAGCUGUUUUCCGACCAUGAUCCGGAUACGGUCAUCAAGGCGAAUUCCCUGGCUCUCAUAAUAGGUGGCACGGACACCACAAGCGUGACCAUGACCUGGGUCCUGGCCCUACUGCUGAACCAUCCCAACGUUCUAAGGAAGGCCCGAGAAGAGCUGGACAGCCGUGUGGGCAAGGAGCGCAACGUCGACGAGUCGGACGUGGAGAAGCUGGUCUACCUCCAGGCCAUUGUCAAGGAGACACUUCGGCUGUACCCGCCUGGUCCAGUCCUGAUCCCCCACCAGGCCAUGGAGGAGUGCCAGGUGAGGGGCUUCGACGUUCCGGCUGGCACCCGAGUGCUAGUUAAUGCAUGGGCAAUCCAGCAUGAUCCAGAGGUGUGGCCGGACCCAUCGGCCUUCCGGCCGGAGAGGUUUCUGACGAGCCACAAGGACGUCGACAUCCGGGGCCGGCACUUCGAGCUCCUGCCGUUCGGGUCGGGCCGGCGGGCAUGCCCGGGGGCGUCGUUUGCGCUGCAGGUCCUGCACCUGACGCUCGCUCGCGUUAUCCAUGGCUUCCAUAUGAGGACGCCUGGAGGUGGCCCUGUGGACAUGACCGAGGGCAAAGGUGCUACUCUACCCAAGGCCACUCCAUUGCAUGUCCUCGUCGCCCCACGGCUAUCUCCUGAGCUCUACCAAUAACGGGACGAGUGGAAUAAACGAGUGGAGUUGACCAGGUCGAUUUGAAACGCGUACGGUUGCUCCCCUCCGGUAGCCGAUAUCGCUGCAGUGUUCACCGUUCUAAAGUUCUCAACGAACGUAUGUUCGUACCGGUCAGAAUGUAUCAUGGCUCGGUUGUGCUUAA